AUGUCCGAGCGAAUGAAGCGCUCCCUGCCGCUUUACGGUCUCGCGGCGAGGUUUGAAUAUCUCAAGUAUUCCAUCAAAAUCAUCGAGGUUGUAGCCAGAUUAAGACUUCUGGAAGCUGAGGAUUCAGAUUUCGAACACUUCAGGAAGGGAGUGAGGAAAGAACUGAGCACAACAGCCGUAGAGGAAACGUACUAUCGCGCUCAUGUCGACCAUGAGAACUCUGAGAUCCAAAAGAUCAGGGGUGACUUAAGUUCGACUUACCAGAAUAUCAUGGAAAUGGGCGACAACUACGCAGUACACUUCCCUGCCCACAGGAUGAUUCCACGACCCUCUAGUGCUGAAGCUUCUUGUCAUGUGCCAGUCCUGGCACCCGAGAUCCGGGACCUCAUCUGGAAGGACAUGGCUAGUAGCCAUAUCAGCCCUUUGGACCGGGAGGAUUAUGGACUUCCCUCAAGCCAUGUCCUUCGUGGACCAGCUUCGCGAGAACUGGCCGCACCUUCGCUUGUACACAGGCUCAACAGGCCUCGAGACAAAUUGUACGUAUGCGGCUUACAGAAUGAUCUAUUUGCUCGAGAUGUUCUCAAAUUCAAGUCGCGAGAUGUGGAAACCGCCGAGAAUGCUUUAGGAGACCAUGGUGUAUGGAAAAUGGAGGACUCAGAAGUCGACUCACUUACCCAGACCGUGGGCAAAUGGCUCCAACUUAGCCCCGACAGCCAGCCUCUACUUCAACAGCGAUGCAAGCAGAAAGCAGAGCAAUUAGUGGACAAUCUCCGUGCGGGACUCGAUGAGUUGCAGACGAUGACUUACAACGAAGGGAGGGACGACAGCACAGAGGAACAUGCGAUCGCCAACAUUGGUUCACAGAGACAGCCAAUGCUGAUGAUGCAGGAUUUAGCUUUUGCCUUGCACAGAUGCAUAGAUGAGAAGGUGCCUAAGGCUUAUCGCAGAAGGGCAUUGCCCGCCCCAACGGAAAGCGAAGCUGGAUCAUCGACGAGAUCUGGCGCAAUGGCUGCUCCUGCCCGUCAAUCCCACACUUCCCUCUCUCGCAGAGCCGAUACUCAACAUAGUCGCCAGGGAAACCCCGAUUCGGCGAUGAUAUCCCCUCGAAAUUCCAAGUCAACCCAAGGCUCUCGGAAUACCACCAACUCUGAGCGGCGUGCUGGGCGGUAG